AGAACAGCCCCCGGCCCCAGAUGGACCUCCCGACGGAGGAUGGGGCUGAGGCACCCCAGAUGGGGAGCCCCGAGGCUGAGGGGCCCGAGGGGCCGCAGCGGCCGGCGGGGCAGUGGUCGGGGGCCGAGGUGGGCUCGUGGCUGGCGGCGCACGGCAGGGACGCGGCGCUGGCGGAGCUGGCUCGUGAGCACGCCCUGACGGGCCGGGGGCUGCUGCGCCUGACCGAGGGGUCCCUGCGGCGCAUGGGGGUCACCCCGAGGAACCGGCGCCGGGAGCUGCUGCGGGAGCUGCUGCGGCUGCGGCUGCAGCAGGAGGUGCAGGAGCUGCGGAGCAUCGCUGGCGAGUGAAGAUGAUGUCCCUGUGGAUGUCCCAGAGCCUGUGGGAGCAGAGGAGAUGGCAUGUGAGGACAAAGCAGCUGGGACUGAGCAAGACAUGCAGGAACAGUGCUGGAGGAGCCCUGAGAUCACUGUGACCCCCCCAAAAAAUCCAGAGCCUGCCUGCUGCAGGAAUUGAUAAGGACAGCAGAACCUUAGAAGAAAAAUUUGAUCCACGAGGCUGGGAAGUUACCCCAAGCAGGCAGAAAGCAGUCCCAGAACUGAUCUUGUGUGAAAUAGGGGGUCACAAACACAAAGGCACUCAUUGGAGUGCUGAAAAACUUUUGCAACAUUUGCAAAAAUCUAUAAUUGGGUCUAAAAUGGCUCAAAUUGUGCAAUCAAGAAUCCAACAAAGCGUAGUUUAUUAAAGAAACAGCCCUGACAAGGCUAACAAAAUAAUGCUGGGAGCCAUAAAACCUGGAAAUGUUCUGGGUGAACACUGGCAGAUUGAUUUUACUGAAUUGUCCAGACAAGGAGGGGGUAUAAAUCCCUCCUAGUUCUGGUGGAUACCUUUUCUGGGUGGCCAGAAGCCUUCCCUUGUCACACCAACCAGGUUCGGGAAGUGACUAAAGUACUGUCAAAUCAAAUAGAUACAAAAACCCAAAAAUACAAUAAAUCAAAAAUUGGGGGUACCUUUGGGAAUGUCAUCAGACACAGAUUCCCAUGUUAUUGCAGAAGUGAUACAACAACGUAGGAAAACAUUGGGAAUAGCUUGGGAUC